AUGGCAUUGUCGGUCUCACCUCCCACCACGUACUACGAUUUCAGGAAUCAGCGGCAUCAUUGGGAGGCCUCGCCGCGCGAACCCGCCCGAACUGUUACCCUACAAGCCUUCCCUCGGUGUACAUAUACGGAGGAAUGGACAGCCGAUUCGAUGACGGCUCAGUUCACGGAACCGACAAAGUCUCCGGCGCGUAGCCUAGUCUCAUCGCCCACUUCCUGCGCACACCCUCCUUCAAUGUUGAGCGAAUCCCCAUCAGAGCUUUUGAUUGAAGAUCUUCUCGACGUUUCUGCUUUGGAAGAUGGUACUGGUUGGACUGACUUUCCUUCUGAGCCUUCGUCAGAGGAUUUGAGCCGGUCUUCUCAUGAGUCCGGCGUAACCACCGAAUUCUCAAACGUUGGUCGUCGAGUCCUUCUUGAAGGGGAGCAAUUGCAUUACAGACUAGUCUCUACUCGAGCAUGUCCUUUGCUCACUUGCCGGAAGAAUUUCAAGACUCCCCUUGCCCUUCGGCACCAUAUCAAGACUCACUACCGCACGAACCCGAAACAAGCCAUCCGAAAUGCGCUGGUGCCCACCGACAAAAUCAGUUACAAACCGCGAUUUCCAUACCCCCCAGGCUGGAGCAAUUCUCCUUUCGGCUUGGACAAGUAUCACUUACCCCCGCUCAAGGGAGAAGAUUACCAGGCUUCCCCUUUUGUGGCAGAGGUGGAUCGGCAUAACAAUAAGUGGGCUGACGAGAGACGGGAAAAGGAAACGAAACAACUGCAGUUUCAUGAUCUUACACAGGAAUCCAUGUUGAUUUACUCUCGGGAUGAUCUGGACACGCCAGAUUCAUUUACGAGACUUGCGCCGACAGAGAACCGGCUGAAGAUAUUUCGCCCUCAUUUCUCGUCAGGUUCCCCUUUUGACAUCACUCUAACUGAGAUCAUUACAUCCUCAUCUAUCUCGCCAACAACCACUUCCAACCACUCGUCGAUGUCAUUACCAUCAUUCUCAACCCCCUCGAUCUCGGACGCCUCUGUGUACUUUCCCGAUACUCCCCUCAACGUUGCGUCCCCAAUCUUGUCGCCCGUUGAUUCAAACGCCCAGACCAUCAGUCAUACAAAGGCGGCGUUCACCCCUGAUCUCAGUCCCUCUCACACCGCCGACGCAUUGCCCGCUCACUUGGAUGUAGAGCACUCGCCAGUCGACCACAAUGCAUUCGUGAACCUUGCGCAUCACUCGAAGUCGCUGCUAUUUGUGCAAGGGCAAAGUGAUACGGAAGAGCGCGAAGCGAAGCGAGCCCGCAUAGUUGUAGUCAGCUCGAGUCGUACUACCACACGAACUCUACCGACAAGGAGGCAGCAGCGGUUGAUUUGGAGGAAGAGUGCCCAAACGGGCUCCGAGACGGAAUCAACGGAUCAAGGCCUUACAUCUCCCCAUACAUCCGAUGAAAUCAUCACUCCGCUUCGACGAAAGAAUGUCAGACCACGAAAGAUUCCCCUCAACCAAGUUGCCAGGUGGUCCUUACCAUUCUCCGACACUCCUCAACUAGGUACAUCUUCGCAACCACGGCCUGUGAAGCGUGGUAGACCACCGAAGUCGAAAGCUGCCACUCCAUCAGUGUCCACAGCUCCGGUAUCAGUUGGCAACGAACCUUUACUUAUAUCGCGAUCUCAAUGUUCGGCUUCCGAUGUCAAGAUUGGUACAGAUCGUCUCAAAUCCCAGGAAGAAAUGCUCGGUUUCUCAAGUUCUGAACCCGUAUAUGAACCGAACCCUUCUAAGAAAUAUCCUCGACGAAAGCGUAAAAUGGUCAUCUAUCCGGACUCGGACGUAGAUGACCACGAACCAGCGGAAGACACUUAUGUCGAGGAGGAAAAUCUGGAACCUCGGAAACGUCGAAUAAGAUCUAGCAACGACGAUCGCGAAGAAGAAUACCAAGAUAGGCCUCGAAAGGGGAGAGGCAAGAAAUACCCGUGCACUAUUCAAGGCUGUGACAGUACGUUCGUGCGCAAAUCCGACAUUGACCGACAUAUAGAGAGAAUACAUAGAAGAGUCUCACACCUGUGUCCUUCCUGCAACCUAGCAUUUUCAAGGACUGACGCGGUCCUACGCCAUAUGAGGGUGUUGCAUGGGACUGAGCUCGGGCCAGAUGAGAGAGCUUUCGAGACGAUUCAGACAUGA